CGCGGUAUCACCUUUUCGCGGAGACCAGAUAAGGCCACUCCAUGACAGUCUGGCGUCGCGCACAACGUCUUUGCGCAUCCCACAGCAGCGGCGUCUCAUCUCGGAAUUGCUGAAAAUACUACAAGACACUACACAACGCCGAACGCACCGCGCUAGACCUGCUAUGACCGCAGGGGUUCGUGGAAUGGCUUGCUGGGGGUUGUGUGGGUUUUUAUUCGGGCUGCUGAGGAUCAGCUCGGCUUGUCCUGUGUCGUGCUUUUGCAAUGCCUCAAGGAUCUCGUGUAUCGAUCAAGAACCAGGGAUCGAGGAUUUCCCUGUCUUGAUGCCGGAGUCUGACAUGGAGAACAUCACGGAUAUAUAUAUAUCAAAUCAAAAAAGGCUAUUUACAAUCAACGAGGACCACAUGAAGUUCUACUCGAAUCUCAGGAAUUUAACAGUGACCAAUACCCACCUGACAUAUGUAUCUACCAUGGCCUUUUUCAACAAUUCCAAGCUUCAAUAUCUGAAUCUCGGAGACAAUAACUUAUCAACACUCUCUUGGAUGGCAAUGCGGAAUUCAAACGUAUCAACUUUGUUGCUCUCUGGGAACCCUUUGCAAUGUGCAUGUGAGAACAUCUGGAUCAAACUCUGGUUGGAUGACAGUGAAAGAGACGUUCUGCAGUGUCUACAGGAAGGAGGAAAAGCAAAAACCCUGUCUAGACUCACUCUGCCUUUAUGUGAGCAUCCACGUGUCGAGGUAUUCCCCACUGACGUUAGUCAAAUGGCAGGAAGUGAUGCUACAGUGAUAUGUAACGCAUCAGGUUCCCCGACCCCAGAGCUCACUUGGACCUUAAAUUCCAGCGAACACCCUCCUCUCUCAACCAGCCACGAGAUCAGCAAAAUGGACCUGCAGUCGGUGCUGACUCUAAAUGGACUUUCGCCUAAUGACAAUGGCAGAAAGCUCAUUUGUAGUGCUGAAAACAUCGUGGGCCAGAUCGAGGCUACAGUCAUGCUCAAUAUUUCUUUUCCCCCUACUGUCUUGGAGCUGUACCUGCCCGAGAGGAGCCAGGACUGGUGCAUCCCUUUCGUUGUGACGGGCAACCCGAGACCUGACCUCCACUGGUACCAUGAGGGAAAGCCGCUAGAGGAGCAGGAGUACAUCAGAACUGAAAUCCACGAUAUCACCAAUACCGAGUACCACGGCUGUCUGAAGCUGGACACCCCCACUCACAUCCAUAAUGGCAUUUACACGCUGGUGGCCAGCAAUGAGUUCGGAGAGGACAGAGGGAACGUGACGGCACACUUCAUGCGCAUACCUGACGUGGAUCAUUCAGGGAUAGAGGGAGUGUUCUAUUAUGACACAACUGUUAGUCCGGAUAUCCCACCACUGGAGGACAGAGUUGCGGUUUACAUAGUAGUGGGAAUAGCUGGGGUUGCUUUAACUGGAUGCAUCCUGAUGUUAGUUUUCCUCAAGUAUGGCAGAAGCUCCAAAUUUGGAAUGAAAGGCUCCUCGUCUGUCAUUAGUAAUGAUGAUGACUCUGCCAGCCCGCUCCACCACGUUUCCAACGGCAACAACACGCCAUCAUCCUCGGAGAUGGGUCCUGAUGCAGUUAUUAUUGGAAUGACAAAGAUUCCAGUCAUUGAGAACCCUCAGUACUUCCGCAACCCUGGCAGCAUGCUGAAAUCGGACACUCUUGUCCAACAUAUAAAGCGUCACAACAUUUUACUGAAGAGGGAGCUGGGAGAGGGGGCUUUCGGGAAAGUGUUCUUAGCUGAAUGCUACAACUUGUCUCCUGACCAAGAGAAGAUUUUGGUGGCUGUUAAGACUUUGAAAGAAGCCAGUGAAAGUGGGCGAGCAGAUUUCCACAGAGAGGCAGAACUCCUGACCAACCUGCAGCAUGAGCACAUUGUCAAAUUUUACGGCGUGUGUGUAGAAAGUGACCCCCUCAUUAUGGUGUUUGAGUACAUGAAACACGGAGAUCUCAACAAGUUUCUCAGGGCUCAUGGUCCAGAUGCGGUGCUAAUGGCAGACGGACAGCAGAGUUUGCUGGUGGAGUUGACUCAGCCUCAGAUGCUGCACAUUGCUCAGCAGAUAGCAGCAGGAAUGGUGUAUCUGGCUUCACAGCAUUUUGUGCACAGAGACCUGGCCACACGCAACUGCCUGGUGGGGGAAAACCUGCUUGUAAAGAUAGGAGACUUUGGCAUGUCCAGAGAUGUGUACAGCACCGACUACUAUAGGGUGGGUGGUCACACCAUGCUGCCCAUCCGAUGGAUGCCCCCAGAGAGCAUUAUGUACAGAAGAUUCACCACAGAGAGUGACGUGUGGAGUUUGGGUGUAGUACUCUGGGAAAUCUUCACCUAUGGCAAGCAACCCUGGUAUCAGCUCUCAAACAAUGAGGUGAUCGAGUGUAUCACACAGGGUCGGGUGUUACAGAGACCUCGUACUUGCCCCAAAGAAGUGUAUGAUCUGAUGCUGGGCUGCUGGCAGAGGGAGCCAUACAUGAGACUCAACAUCAAAGAAAUCCACAAUCUGCUCCAGAGCCUGGCCAAGGCCUCGCCUGUGUACCUGGACAUCCUGGGCUAA